CUCACAUGUGUCAGUGAACGAGGACAGGUCCAUUGGACGUCUCUUAGGUCACUAACACCCAAAGCAGCGAGUAGAGAUGCGUUUCCAGACUUUAACUGAGGCUUUAACUUGUCGGCGCUGAAGGUUAUUUUAAAUACCGAGGUUUGUUUUUAUUAUGAAUACGGUUCGUUUGAGCCUGAGGUGUUUGACGGUUGAGUUUGUGAAAGGCAGAGUUCUCCCCGCUGCUCGUUAUUCUCCAACUCUUUCGCAGUUUCUCCGAACAAUGGCGACUAACAGCGGCAGCAGUUAUGGUGACCGUAAUAACCCGGAGACGAGGCCGCAGCUGGGUCCGAAGAAAGGGAAGCAGAAGGAGCCGCUGAGGAGACUGAAAACCCGGGAGAACAGGAGCAAGCGAGGGGACGUUCACGGACCGUCCACCGUCUACGUGCAGGUGGUCGGUGCAGGGAGCAGAGACACCCCUGCGUCCCUUUAUGUUUUCUCCGAGUACAACAGGUACCUGUUCAACUGUGGGGAAGGAACACAGAGACUCAUGCAGGAACACAAACUGAGAGCUGCUCGUCUCGACAAUAUCUUCCUGACCAAACUGAGCUGGAAGAACGUAGGAGGUUUAUCAGGGAUGAUCUUGACUUUGAAGGACACCGGUGUCCCCGAGUGUGUCCUCUCUGGACCACCCCAGCUGGAGAACUAUGUGAAUGCCAUCAAGUCGUUCUCAGGACCACUGGAGGACAUCAAGCUGUCCGUUCGACCAUACACUGACGAGGCGCACUCAGACGAUACAAUGAUCGUUCAUCAAGUACCAGUGUUUGCUCAGUCGGCGGGGCCUGGCAGAAGGCUGUCCCCCAGGUCGAGCAGCCCCCCUCGGAGUCCUGGAUCUCCGAUGAAAGACGACAUGGACUCCAACAGCCGUGGAAGUGGUCCACGCAGUCCAGGUGAAAGACGUGCAACGAAUAGAGACACGUCUUUGGUGGUUGCCUUUAUAUGUAAGCUUCACCCAAAGAGAGGAAGCUUCUUGGUCCCUCAGGCCCGGGAGCUGGGACUGCCAGUAGGCACAGCAGCCAUCGGUCCGCUCAUCACCGCUCUGAAGUGUGGUCAAAGUAUCACAUAUGAAGGCAAAGAGAUCCGGCCUGAGCAGGUUUGCACUCCCACUGACCCCGGACCAAUCUUUAUCGUUGUUGAGUGUCCGUCUGACGAGUUUAUCAAAGGUGUUUGCACCAACCAACAACUGAGGAGACACCAGACGGGAGGGGCGGAGGACUCUGCUGCGCUGGUGGUUCACAUGACUCCAGAGUCUGUUUUGAAAACCGAUGAAUACAAAGAGUGGAUGGAAAGGUUUCCAUCCUCCACAGAACACAUGAUCCUGAAUGAGCAGGUCUCUACUGACCACAACAUCAGAAGUCACAAGAUUCAAGCUCAGCUGAACAUGAUUCACCCCGAGAUCUUUCCAGAACUCAGCUCUUCACAAACAAAGGAGCCUCAGGCCGCCCUGCAUGUCCCCAACGUCAGAGCCGAGUGCCUGCUCAAGUUCCAGCUCAGACCUGUAAUGGAGUGGCAAAGAGAUGCUAUCCCCUCCUGCAACGCUGAGGAGUUUGUGCAAGAGGCCUCCGAGGUCCCAAACUUUCUGGAAGAGGUGGAAAAGUGCAGGAAGAUUUGCUCCAUUGAUGCUGCUGAGCCUUCUGGACGAGGAGAGAAAUACCCAGAGGUGGUUUUCUUGGGAACAGGAUCUGCUCUUCCCAUGAAGAUCAGAAACGUCAGUGGCACCUUAGUAAAUAUCAGCCCGAGUCAGUCGAUCCUGUUGGACUGUGGAGAGGGAACCUUCGGUCAGCUCUGCAGACACUACGGGGAAGACGUGAACAAAGCGCUCUCCAAGAUUUCAACUGUCUUUAUCUCACACAUGCAUGCUGACCACCACACAGGGCUGCUGAAUCUGUUGUACCAGAAGGAAAGAGCAAUGAUGACUCUAGGAAAAGAGUUAAGCCCCAUUUACCUGAUUGCGCCAUCCCAGAUCAUGACUUGGCUCAACCAGUAUCAUGACUACUGCGAAGAAAUCCUCAGCCAUGUUAAUUUCGUCCCAAACAAGUUUCUAUGUGAUCGUGCUGAUCCUCCCACACAGCGGACAAGUUCACUCAUCAAAGCGUUCCUGAAAAAGAACGAUCUUCAGAAGUUCCAGACGUGCAUAGUGCGUCACUGUAAGAACGCCUUCGCCUGCAGCUUCACGCACAACUCCGGCUGGAAAUUGGCUUUCUCUGGUGACACCAUGCCCUGCGAUGGACUGGUUCACAUCGGAAGGAAUGCAACCCUGCUCAUACACGAGGCCACGCUGGAGGACGGAAUGGAAGAGGAGGCUGUGGAGAAGAGGCACAGUACGACCUCUCAGGCCAUCGGUAUCGGCAUGAAGAUGAACGCCAAGUUCAUCAUGCUGAACCACUUCAGCCAGCGUUAUGCUAAGAUCCCUCUCUUCAGCGAGGACUUUAACGACAGAGUGGGAAUAUCCUUCGACCACAUGAAAAUUCACUUUGGAGACUUUAAAAUCAUCCCCAGACUCAUUCCUGCACUUAAGACCCUGUUUGCCGAGGAAAUUGAAGAGAUGGAGGAGAGAAGAGGGAAGAGGGAGCUGAGGGAGCUGAGGCAGCCGAAAGGAAGCAGCUCUGACAUGAACAACGAGCAGAAGUUGAGUGGAGCAGCGGUGGAGGCCGGCCGAGGUGCCAAACGAGAUCAGGAGGCGUCAGCAACACAUGAAGUAGAAGCAAAGAAACAGAAAACAUGAGCUCCGAGAAAAAGACUGAAGCAGAGAGAAUCCUGAGUUAUUUUAUUUAAAUGAACUUUAUGAUUGAUGACUUUUAUUUGUUUUUUGUGGUUUUAUUGAAGAAUCAUUUACAUUUCUGGCGUUGUACAAUGCUAAGCUAUGAAUAUAGCUUAAUAUUUUUUGUUAAUCAUGAGACUGAAUAAAAAAUAAACCACG